AUGGGAAAGACCAAAAACACAUCCCUGGAAACCGUGGUGACAGAUUUCAUUCUCCUGGGCUUAUCUCAUCCCCCAAAUCUGAGGAUCCUUCUCUUCCUGGUCUUCUUCAUCAUUUACAUCCUGACUCAGCUGGGGAACCUGCUCAUUCUGUUCACUGUGUGGGCUGACCCAAAGCUCCAUGCUCGCCCCAUGUACAUUCUUCUGGGCGUGCUCUCAUUCCUGGACAUGUGGAUCUCCUCAGUCAUUGUUCCUCGCUUUAUUCUAAAUUUCACUCCAGCCAGUAAGGCAAUCCCAUUUGGUGGCUGUGUGGCUCAGCUAUAUGCCUUUCACUUCCUGGGCAGCACCCAGUGCUUCCUCUACACCUUGAUGGCCUAUGACAGGUACCUGGCAAUAUGCCAGCCCCUGCGCUACCCGGUGCUCAUGAAUAGGAAACUAUGCACCAUUCUUGUGGCUGGAACUUGGGUGGCCGGCUCCAUCCAUGGGUCUAUCCAAGCCAUCCUGACCUUCCGCCUGCCUUACUGUGGGCCCAACCAGGUGGAUUACUUUUUCUGUGACAUCCCUGCAGUAUUGAAACUGGCCUGUCCCUUCUCCUACCUGUAA